GACUGCAGUUGGCUCGCCUGGCGCCUAGCCUAGCCGGCCUCUCCGCUUGCUUGCUUUGGAACCUUGCCCAAGCCGUGUUUCUCUUUCGGGCUGGCCCAGUGUAUCCCACCACACAAGCUCUAUCUAUCAUCUCUUCAAAGGGCUUCCCGACGUUGCGUCUACCGUUGUCUUUGCGACACAGGCGAGGUAGGACAGAGGCAAGGCAAGUGAACAGACGUCCAUCCCGAAAUACGAAGGAAAGUAAAUCAUUAAAUCCGUAUGGUGGGCCGCCGGUCGCCUAGACCUUCCUCUCCCUCCUCGUCCUCGUCUUCUCACCAUCCAAAGGCCGCGUCGACGGCCAACGCACCUGGGAGACGAGCUCAGCGAUCAUCUGCUGCUGCUUCCACUUCUGUGCCAGCGCUUGCUUCUCAGGGCCUCCUCUUUCGACAUCCGCACCGAAGCUGGGACCAGGGAGCAAGCGCGUCCGCGAUGCAAGAGUUCAACGAAGCGCAGUUUCGGCGCACCGCUGGGGCUCCCUUUAGCGGUGGAGGCGGUGGUGGUGGUGGCGGCGGAGGCAUUCGAUACCCGGAUGAGCACGAGCGCCAACUACAACACCACGAUGGUGGUUCCUCCCUCCGUCAAGGCCAGAAUAUUCAAGGUCAAGGGUCGUCCUCGGGGCGCAGCGUCUAUGGGAUCACCGACCAGCAAUACCUUGCCAUGCACACCCACGGGCCGCGGCCUUCUCCUCCUUCCUCUUCUUUUCAGAAUGCAUCCGGUGAUCGGCAUUACUACGGAGGGGGACCAGACCGCAACCGAUCGCCAAACGACUACGGGGCGCGACCACACCCAUACAUGCAGCCUCCCCCACCUCACCAAGGCAACAGCUCCCGUCGGCCUCCGCCUCCCCCUGCCGCAUCCUCCUCCUCCUCCAACAACAACAACAACUUGUUCUCUUCGCCCUCUAUGGAAGCACCACCGCUGAUGGAAGAAGGAAGCUACUACGGGGCGCAGAGGGCGAGACAUCCAGGCAAUCUCUCCGGCCUCCCGCAUCCACCGCCUGACUUGACCUCUCCCGGCUCCAACGGGCCACCAUCGUCGUCUGAUUCAGCGCCUGGAUCCGCCUCUGCCAUACCCUCCAGCGCUGAGGCCGAUCAGGGUUCAGCCUCCCUCCAGGCCCAGCAAGCCGCGGCGGAGAAGGCGUCGACGGACCGGAAGAUCAGCUGCCUGGAAUGCAGGGCUAGCAAGGUCAAAUGCAGUGGGCAGGCAGACGGUGGAUGCGAACGAUGCCGGAGAAUCAAGCGCCCGUGUGUGUUUGAGCAGCACAAGCGAGGGAGAAAGCCGCAAAAUCUCAAAAUGCACAAGCUCGAGCAGUCUGUCGACACCAUCAUGACCGCUCUCAGCGCCCUAGAGGAGUACCGCAGGCACAAGGGAGCCCUGCGAGAGAUGGAAGAGGACACGGUCGAGGACGAUGUUGCGGACGAAGCAGGGCCUUCGCACGGUCUAGGCUCAGAUCGGCGCAACCGUUCAGCGAGUGGGAGCAGCAUCCGACCAAAGCGAUCCGAGUCUCAUCUCUCGAGGACAUCUUCAGAUACGCUCCUCACCACAGUCGAUCCUGGUCAGGACGCUGAUGUUGACAUGAACGACGGCUCUUCUGCUGCUCGAGGGAGACGGGGAUCCGUCACUGGCGGCAAAUCGACGUUGAGACCACCUGGUCAAGAAGACGUCGAAGCUCGAAGUACGUCCGAUGACGCAGGAAGCCAUACCGAAGCCCAGGGAUCGGCAAAGGAAAAGGCAACUGGUGCGGGAGGCGAUAGCGAAGGCGAAGGCGAGGAAACGCAGGAGUUGGGUCUGCCGCCGAUGAGUAACCCGCUCAAGCUCCUGGCCCAGGCGUCUGACUCGGCGCUCGACGCCCCGAGUCGAGAUGACCCGGGUCACACUAUUGGAGAUAAGGAUCGUCGCGAGGGCGAGACUGCAUCUACAGCCUUGAAAGGUGCCUCUGUGGUCGCCAGACGGGCAUCGAUGUUGCCCAAGGGUGUUUCACGGAGAGGUUACUGGGCCUUUGGCAUGUAUUCAUCCCGACUCGACAAAGGACCCACGCUCGACCCCAUCUCUUGCGGUGCCAUGGCGCUGGAUACGGCAAAGGACCUGUUUGGUCUCUACAUGCGCAGGUUGAACGCUCCCAUUACCCUUCUCGAUCCCCACCUCCACACAUUCCAAUACGUCCGAUCUCACAGUGCGCUCCUGCUCACGUCCGCCUGUGCUCUGGCCGCUCGCUUCGCUUCGCACAUUCCCAAAGCCGAGGAGCUGGCUCAGAAGCUCGACGGUCAUGUCCGAGAUAAGCUACUGCCCGCUGUGCUCCUCGAGGGCUACCGAUCCGUUGAGAUCUCGCAAGCCUUUAUCAUCCUGGCGGCCUACCAUCUCAACACGGCCUCCAUCGACGGCGACCGAUCUUGGAGCCUUGUUGGAUACGGUAUCAGAAUUGCAGCCGAGCUCGACAUGAAUGCGAGACUGGUCAGCGAGCGCAGUGCUGUGUCCUCGAGCAAAGCAGUGACACCGGUGAGCGCUCCCGCUGACACUCCUUCGUCGACCACUCGCCAGAGUCAGAAUGGGACUGCCGACGAGGAGAAUGGCCCCCUGAGUCCCGAAGAAGCGUCGCAGCGCAAGCUGAGGAACCGAGAAAGGACUUGGUGUAACCUUUGGCUGUUUGAAAACAGUCUUGCUACGCACAUGGGCCGGCGAACCACGCUAGGUGACGACCCAGUCAUCUUGGGUGUGAGCGCAGGCUGGAACCGAGCGCCGUACGCGAUUCCGGGCGACGAGGCCAUUGUGGCCAUCAUCUCGCUUCGGAGAAUGAUGCAAAAGAACCGCGAGUAUUUCGAGCACAGCGUGCUCGCCGAUCGCUCCAACGAAGAUGGCGCGCUGGAGACGUCUGCUUCGACACGAUUCCAAUUGGACUUCUACCGGAAGUCUUGUGCGGCCGACUUGGAUUCUUGGCGAGCAGCAUGGGUCAAGCCACUGGGGGAAGGCGAACAGAGCUUGAGGAUGAGAAACGGACGGCUGUAUGGUGCCUACGCCCGCUUGAUCCUCAACAGCUACCCGCUCAAGAGCACAGUCGACUUUGAGUCGCUCAAGCCAAUCUAUGCCGAGUCGUACAACUCGGCAAUGACGUACCUCACACUCUUCACGGACAAACAUGACUCUUCGACGCUUGUCUUUGUGCACAAUUCCGCCGUCGUCACAGUGGCCUACGUAGCCGUAUUUGCUUUGAAGCUUUGCCAGCUCGAUCCGGAGCACUUUUCCUACAUCGACCACCAGCUCGUCUUUGAUCUUGUCGAGAAGCUGGCGUCGGACCUCUCCAAGGCAGGCAAAGUGACCUCUUGGCGCAACGGAGCAGCCUCCUCGUACGGCACCUACCUGUCCGCCAUUGUGGUGCGAAUCAGAAGAGAGAAGGCGCGCAAAGAGGAGGAGACCAGAAGAAAGCAGCAGCAAACCAAGGAGGGUAGCAGCAACGAUGCCGCUGGCUCAACAGAACGAGGGCUUGGCCUGGCCAAUGCGGAUGCGAACGACGCCGCCAUCAAAGCUAGCCCGAAUUCCAGCGUCUCGUUUGCACCAGUGCAAGCCGCAUACCCUGGCGGUGCCGAUGCUGCCAUGGGUACCGCCAUUCCUCUGGACAGCGCUUCGGUCCCUAGAAGCGAGCGUGGUUACAUUGGCGGUCCGUACGAAGUCUUUGGGCCCAACGGCGCCCCAAGCGGUGGAGGACCCGCGCGUUUCUCGCCAGAGGCAAUGACCUACGUCGCAGGUCCUUCUGGCGUGCAAGCCACCAGCGCGAUGCUAGACCUCUGGGGAGGCGCUGGAGUGGCUGCUUCGUCCUCGACGUCCUCUACCACACCCGACCGUCUUGUGCAGACGCAUCCUUCGCAACUCGCGCCUUCAUACAUCAACACUCUCGAAAAUCCUUUCAUGGACAGCAGCAGCUUCUUUGGCGAUAUGAGCUUCCUGACGAUGCCCAGCAACGCUGGACCGAUGAACGGAGGGCCUCCAGGUGGACCUCACGAUGGCUCGGAGAACAACAGCUAUGGUUGGCACGGCAACUCGGCAGCAACGCCGAAUGUGAUGAUGCUCAACAGCAACGCACACGGUGGCCCCAACUCUUUCUAAUAAACUGUGCGCGCGGCGGAUUGUAAAGCUCUUUCUUGUGGUGACUUUGGUGGUUCUACUGAACAUUAUCCGGGAGGGCCCUGAUUUCGUUUCAUUCUCAUGUAGUAUGUAUAGUAUCUUCACAAAAGGCGAGCUCUCCGCUUCCUUUGCGCUUUCCUUCACAGCCAUGUACGAUAAUCUUUCCUCGUUUGCUCCAUCCAUAAUGAGGAGUUCUGCUGAAUAAUUCGGAAUC